UUCAUUUCCAUACUGUCAAAUUAAUGAUAAGAUUAAAUGGUACAUUUAAUUGUUGUUGUUUGUUGUUACAUAUUAAUGCUAAUCUUAUGGUGAAAAUUCAUUGCUAUAAUUCCUUAACUUGAUGCUCACCCUUAGUGUUCCUUGAGAAGCUAAAGAAUAUCAGCUCUUUUGAUUGGUAUGAGCACAAACUUGGAUCACAAGAGGUGGAAUAAAUUGAAUGCGCUCUAUCCUACUGAAUGAAACUUACCUGAACGAUUAAUAUUUGACUGAACACUUGUACAAACAGACUGAAUAUUGAAUGUAUGUAAUUUAUUGUAUGCUUAGUUUACUAAUUUUUAAAGCUUGUUUGGUGGGCACAUAGGAUGUCAAUUUACAGGCUACGUUACUAGUCUCUGCAGGUACCAGUGCUAGUUGGGUUGUAUAAUCAUAUUUGAACAAGCUUGGGUUCCAUUGCAGAUCUAAGUCCAUGAAACCCUAGAAGAAGGAGAAUUGAUAUUGAGUUUUUGUGCGGAAGCAGCACAGGUUUUUCCCUUAUUAUGUUCUGGUUAUCCCAUGAACAAUUAGCAACCUGAAAUCAAUAGCUAUGAUGCCGACCAUAAAUUUUUAUUCAUUGCUUGUAUUCUCUAUCUUUUUCCGUGUGGCUUUAAUUCUAUAUGGAGAAUGGCAAGAUACACAUUUGGAGGUUAGAUACACCGAUGUUGACUACCUUGUAUUUUCGGAUGCUGCAUCUUAUGUGGCUGUGGGUGAUUCCCCUUAUAAGAGGACCACCUAUCGCUAUUCCCCCUUACUUGCAUUUCUUCUUAUUCCCAAUUCUAUCAUCCAUCGAUCAUGGGGAAAGUUUCUCUUCUCAGCAUCAGACAUACUUGUGGGAUACUUCAUACAUUAUAUUUUGAAGCAGCGUAAGGUGCCUGAAAAUCUAUGCAACUAUUGUGUCAUGACAUGGCUCUUCAAUCCAUUUACCUUCACCAUUGGGACACGUGGGAACUGUGAGCCCAUCGUUUGUGCUUUGGUCUUGUGGAUCAUCAUAUGUCUUAUGAAUGGUAAUGUGGCACAGUCAGCAUUUUGGUACGGACUUGUUGUCCAUUUCAGGAUUUACCCUAUUAUAUAUUCCAUUCCCAUAUUGCUGGUUCUUGAUCCGGCCUGCUUCCAAUCUGGUCAGAAACCCGUCUUAAGGGUCUGGAGUGCUACUGAAGGAGAAAAACCCAAGGAUGGGGAUAAAUGUUUUUUAUAUAAUCUAUUGAAAAGCAUAUUUGCCAGGGAUAGGCUAAUGUUUGGACUAAUAUCAGGGAUCGUUUUUCUCCUCUGUACUGGUGUGUUCUACCAUCUAUAUGGGUGGGAAUUCCUACAUGAGGCGCUGCUGUACCAUCUUACUCGUACAGAUCCGAGGCACAACUUCUCCAUCUAUUUCUAUCACAUAUAUCUUAAUUACGGCAAUAACACUUCAAUGGUGGAGAAGCUAAUCUCCUUUUUGCCGCAAUUUGUGGUGCAACUAGUUCUUAUAUUCAGCAUCGCGCAGGACUUGCCGUUUUGCCUUUUUGUGCAGACCGUGGCAUUUGUAGCAUUUAAUAAGGUGAUUACGGCACAGUACUUUGUUUGGUUCUUUUGCUUGUUGCCUCUAAUACUUCCAUGGAGUAAGAUGAAACUCAAAUGGCAGGGCUUCUCAUGCAUUCUUUUAUGGAUUGGAGCUCAGACCCAUUGGUUAUUGUGGGGUUACCUUCUUGAGUUCAAGGGUAAAAAUGUCUUCUUACAGCUUUGGGCGGCAGGCUUGCUGUUUCUGGCAGCCAACACUUUCGUUCUUGUUAUGAUUAUCCGCCACCAUACAUGCGCUUCACUUUUCAGAAGUGUAGAGCAAGCAAAUUCCAAGAAUCUGGCUAAGCAUGAGUGAGUCAUCAACUCAUCAUCAUCUGCGACGAAAAAUGUGGUUCAGUUUUGGAAGAUUUAGAAAUUUCUAUAGAUUAUUUUUAAGCAUCCAUAGUCAUGCUGAAAUUUGAAGGCUAAUGCCCUUUAUUUGUAUGCUACUUGAAUUUUUUUCAUGUCAUAUAAUUUUCAGAACUUUCUUAUUGUGCCACGUGGAAGUUUUCUCUUGGUUGCUUCUCCUCCAAAUAA